AUGAAAAUCUCCGCACUCUUCCUCGUCCAAUUUUCAUACGCUUUGAAAUGUUAUCAUUGCUCGGACAGCCGCGAAUGUGUCAAAAACACCGAAGACUCCUGCCCCGAAAGCACCACUAGUUUCUGCUUCCUCGACAAUACCUACUGGAGCGGACAGGAUCAAGCCCCCGAAGGAAGUCUUUACUGCAACACUUUGGCCGACCUAAACAACAUUGGUGUGAACCCAAUAAUCGCGAAAAAAGUUCGAGCUGAGCUGCGAAAAGACAAAAAUGAAAUUUACGAGUGCAGCGAAAAUAUGGGCUUGUACACGUGCUACCACAUUUGUUUCACAGAUUACUGUAAUAGCAAGUACCAUAACGCGACAAAAGAUGACGAUUUCUCAAGCGAGCUCGAUUACGACAACGGAAUGAUUAUUCCGGAUAUAAAUGAAGAAUUCAAAGUCCCGACAGCGCAGACGCCAGAAAUAAUCGAAUUGGACUACAAUUUUGAAACAGAAAUCGCGCCAGAAGAGAAGAAAACAAGUAAGAAAGAAGAGAUUAUUGAAGAAGUUGUCAAUCUCAUCGAGCCGGAAAUGGAGAAGAUAACUGCUGGAGCUCAGGUUCCUAUUCAUAUAAGAACGGAAGACGGCCAGUCAGGCUCCCGAUCCUUCGCCUUCUCUGUUUUCAUCCUCACAGCUUUAGUUUUACUCCUCUUAUAA